GCAAGCUCAGUUUUUCAGUCAAGCAUGGGCUUUGAACAAAGAAAUAUGUUCUGGAGGUUUGGAAAAAAGAAAAAGAAUGGGAAUGAGAAGAAGUCUUUAUUGAAAAGCAUAGAGCAGACUGAAGGAGGACAGGCGUUCGAAAACAUGUCUGGUGGGUUUCCUGAUUUAAUUACAGCUAAUUCUGAAGUGAGUAACAAGAAAUCGCUCAAUUUUCUCAAAAAGAUCCUGAGUGAGACAUCAUACCCUGAGGACAUUGACAGUGAGGUGGUGGACGGCUUCCCUCAAAAAAGCAACUUUGAGGUAAUCGAUGAGUUUGUGGAAAGGAAUUUUCCAAAGCUGCCAGAAGAGGGAACCAAAGGAUCUCAAUUAAAGCAGUUACGAGAAUUUCUAAAGAGCGCAGAGAGCCAGAUUUACAAUGAUGUACUUCGCUUAACACCUGCACUGAAGGACACUGGACUGCUGGAUCAUCUGAUAAACAAUUACUUCCGUCUACUGUUUACCAAGUUAGACCUCCUCUUAAACCGAAAUCUUUCAGGGGAAGAGACUUUCUGCCUUCUUCGGUGGGGAAACGAUGUUUUCUUCAGUUCAGACUCUAAGGUUGUCUUCAGAGUUUGUGACCCUCUGCUGUUGACAGGAUGGUUUGAGAGAGCAAAAGUGAAACUCCUGCCAGAACUACAGGAUGAAAUCUCUAGGCGUCUGCAGAAUAUCCUGGAUUAUGAUCAGCAUCAUAGGAAUCAAGUGGACGAAGAGACUUUCAUCAGGGUGCAUUUAGAUGUCAGUCAGUGUCUCAAUGCUGUUAUUACAAAUUCUAAAGACUUUAGUGAUACACUGAUGUGUUUGGCCCAAAACAUCUGUCUUCAAGAGCUUCAUCAUUUUGUUGAGAUGUAUGUGCAUUCAGAGAAAAAACACAUUGAAAAGCUGCAACCCCUCAGCACAAAGCACUCUGUAUAUCUGCUUCGGGUCAUCAGCACCUGUAGGCAACUCAGAUUUUUGGCUCCCCAGUUCUAUAAUCAGGAUACAAAUAAGACAGACGACCUCUUAAACAUCAUCUGCAUGCUACAGAAGAUGGAGGAUCAGGUGUUGUCUUUAGUACAAAAGAUGAUGAAAGAGUUCGCACAGGCCACUUUAAGACGGUAUUUCAAACAUGGGGAUUUGCCCAUUCAUAUCUUGACCGAAGAAAUCAGAAAUCAUUGUGCGUCUCUGCCUCAGACUGAUGUGGGAAAGGAGAUUCGGGAGAUCUUCGUGAAUGUUGUCUAUGACUGUGUGUCACGUGUGUAUCUUGAUUGCCUGAUGAAGAGCAAGAGGAAACGUCUAGAGAAGACAUGGGGAGAUGUUGGAGAAAGGAUAAAAGAAGACGCUGCCCAUUUUCACAUAACAUUCACUCAACUGCAGAAUGGCAGUGAUGACCAGAACAACCAGCUCCUUAAGAGAAUGAGUGAAGUUUUGUGUUGUGAUGAUAUAGAAGCACUGAAGCUCGACUGUGGAAGUUUGUUCAAAGACUUCCCUGAUGACAGUCAGCAGUAUGUUCCUGGUCUGCUGCGCUGGAAGGGGACUUUAUCAAAGCGGCAGGUGAGGAAAGUACUGAAAGUUCGGGAUCUCGACCUGGAUGCAAAUUCCAGGGAUGUCGCCUGUCAUCCUUUGAAGGCCCUAUGCUGUUGUAUUUAAUUGAAAAAAACAUCAUCAACCAGAAUGAUAAAACUGUUCACAAGUGUACAAGGCUCCCAUUGGUCAUGGACGUUAUGGGAUAUCUUUAUUUCUAUAGCACUUUCACAAUGUAGAUUGUGUCUAAGCAGCUUAACACAGAAGCUCUAGUAAAGUGAAAGUGUCACUUCAGUUUUCAGAGUUUACGUUCAGUUUAGUUCAGUUCAGUGUGGUUUAAUUUUCGCUGCUGAAAG